AUGGUCACCACUCGGCGAAGCACCGCAAACGCAAACGCAAACCGUCCGGCUAUUAGCAUCGAGAAGACCAGACUCACUCAACUGAGCAGCGAUACCAUCGAAGUUCAGAAGCCUUCUAGAAAGAGGGUCAAGAUCAUCCGAGUGGGUACAAAAGUGCCCGGUACUCGGCCAAAAUCAGCGCUCUCGGAUAACCCUAGUGAACGUGAUGCAAGUCUCACUUCACCCAUCACCGACGAGGUCUCGAAGGUUCGCUCGACGGAAGCACCCGAAACAGAAAAUAUCUCACCCGAUCGCUCUAAUCCAACUAACCUUACCACUGUGAGAACUCUGGCUUCGAAGCCGUCCGUCAGUAUGAGUGGUAGCUCCCAUGACCCGAUCGUCGUCAACGAGAACUCGUCACCCCCUCGUCCAACAGUCCGAGCCUCGAAACGAAAGCGCCGCGAUAGACAGUUGCCAGAACCUCACAGGUUUAUUGAUAACGGGUAUAGGAACCUGUACAACUAUGGCGUUCUGAGGCCAGGCUUACCAGGGUUGCCUGCCAAUGGAAGCAUGCCCCACAACCACCAGAGUCAUGACACCUACCGAACGAUGAAUAUGAGGACGAGCUCCGCCCCUCAAUUCAGUCAUAACACCGCUUGGGGAUACAAUGCACCGACUGUUCCUUUCCAAAUACAAUAUCCUGUUCCAGUGCAGACGUUCGCGCAGCAGUAUAGCCAGCCAAGCUUUCCCACAGUCUAUGCUCCGUAUCAGCAGAUUCCAAUUCCGCCAACGCUGUAUCCUGUGGCUCCUUCUCCGCACGAGGAACUUCUCCGUAAGAAGGUUGUCGAAUAUACUCGGUCAUUACCAAGAACAUCUCCGCACCAGCAGAGACGCACCAACACCAACCCCGAUGAUACUACGACCGGUGGAAGUGAACAAUUCACUACGCAUAUUGAGCCUGCUACGCGUGGUCUGAUUCAGAUAAGAGGCGACAGACUAUCAUCAACCCCUCAAAGCAACUCCUUGAGAAGUGAGCCAGUAACACCCCAACCCCAGCCGACACUGAACAUCCCCCGCUUGAUCGAGUGCACGUCGCUCAUGACAUCUCUGCUUCAAAUCUACCCACACUCAACCAAUCAAGAAGGCUUACAAAAGGAUAUCCAAGCGAUGCUAGCAUUCCUCAAUCAGCACAUGGCUGCAUGGUCAGAUUCCAAAUCUCAGGACACAAGUGCGCGCAAGAAGAGAGAUACCACCAACGCUACUAGUCCAGACACCCAGCCAACUCCAACGCCGACGCUACCGCCCACAGCUUUGAAUGAGCACGACAAACGACUGAGACAAGUCUUUUCAGCCAAAGCCGAUAUGUGGCAAGAUGGCACUGGACACGGUGUCGCUGACGUCUAUGGCGUCGCUGCACCCACCUCUCCCUCCGUCGCAAGUUUUCCUCCGACACGCGAUAAUCCGGACAAGACACUCUCGAAUCCAGUUCAGCAACGUGGCUCGGAAGACAAAAAUCUAACUACCCAUGCUGUGCACAACGCCGACGUCGACGAAGAAGAAGAAGAAGAAGCAGAAGCGAGCCUGAACAAUGCGAAGUAG